AUGCACAAUUUUAGAAGGGGAUUUUACUAUUUCUAUGAUCUGUUCCCAGUUUUUGAAAAUUUGCGUGAAAUAACUGGCUCAAUUUUGGUUUUUCAAAUACGUGGAUUAACCAGCCUUGGACGUAUUUUCCCAAAUCUUCGAGUAAUUGGUGGUCAUUCAUUAAUUAUGAAUUAUGCUCUUGUUGUAUAUCAAAAUUAUGAUUUGAGGGAUAUUGGUUUAACAAAACUCGUUGCAAUAAAAAAUGGUGGUGUUAGAAUAACUGAAAACCCUCGCUUGUGUUAUACUCGAAGCAUUUCUUGGAAACAAAUAUUAAUUGGAAAUAUACGCGAUUUAAUUAUUGAUCAAGUUGCUGGUCAUUGCAAAAAUGAUUGUCCAACAAGUGAAAAUGAUCCACAUUGUUUUAGAGAUCCGUUUACUUCUAAUAUGGCUUGUUGGAAUAAUACACACUGUCAGAAAAUUUGCAUAAACAAUCAAAAGACUCUUUCUGGUUGUACAAUAAACGAUGAACUUUGUCAUGAAGAAUGUAUUGGUGGAUGUACUAGACCAAAUGAUACUUUUGCAUGUUUUUCUUGCCGUCAUUUAGAUUUGAAUGGUCAAUGUGUUUCUAAAUGUCCUGAUCAUUUAUAUGAGCAACUUGGUCGUCGUUGUUUAACAAAAUAUGAAUGUGAAGCUUUAUAUCCAGUAACAUCAUAUCCUAGUGCUGAUGAAAAAUCUGUAUGGAAAGCAUUUAAAAAACAUUGUAGUUAUGAAUGUCCUAAUGGUUAUAGAGAAGAUCCGUCAAAUUCCCAUUCUUGUAUUGAAUGUAUCAAUUUUUGUCCAAAAAAAUGUCCAGGGGAUACUGUUGAUUCAAUUAGCUCUGCUCUCAAAUUUUCAAAAUGUAAUAUGAUUGAAGGAAAUUUAGAAAUUGAUAUGAGAAUUGGAAUUGAAUCUACUAGUGCAGAAAAAUUUACUGAAGCAUUUGGUGAAAUUGAAGAAAUUACUGGUUAUCUUCUAAUUCGUUUUUCUUCUGCAUUUAUGUCACUUCAUAUGUUUAAAAAACUUAGACGAAUUCAUGGACAACAAUUAUGGAAAAAUUUAUAUGCUUUAGUUGUUUUUGAAAAUCAAAAUUUGCGACAAUUAUUUAAUGUUGAUGACGAACAUAAAAUUGAAAUAUUGAGAGGAAAAAUAAGCUUUCAAAAUAAUAGAAUGUUGUGUUAUGAUAAGAUUAAAAACUUCAUUGAACAUUUGGGAAUGAAAGUAUGUACAGAAUUUGGAGAUGAAAACAACAAAGCUAAAUGUGUUGGUGAAAGUGAUGUUUCCCCAUUUAGCAAUGGAGAUAAAGCUAUUUGUGAUGAAAUUCCUUUAGAAGUAAAAAUUGUUUCUGUUUAUUCCUAUGGAUUUGUGAUUACUUGGACACCUUUUAAUACAACUGAUAUGGAUCAUAGGAAAUUUUUGGGAUAUAUGAUAUUCUACAAAAAAGUUGACAAAAUUAAUUUAAAUAUGACAAUUGAUGAUGAUCGUUCAGCUUGUUCAGAUUCUUGGAGUAUGUAUUUUGUAACUGAUGGAAGUGAUUCAACAAAGGAGGAUAUUUCUGGGGAAGAUGCUGGAACAAGUUCGCCUAAAGGAGAAUUAAUAAAUCAAGGAGUUGAAGCAAAUACACUUUAUGCUGUUUAUGUACAAACACGUGUAGUUAAUCAUCCUGGUGCAAAGAAUGCAAUAUCUCCAAUUCUUUAUGUUAAAACUCUAUUUGGUGUCCCUGAUCCUCCACGAAUGCGAGCUUCAAUAGCGUUAAGUCCAAAUUCUAUCAAGUUAAACUGGGAUCCACCUUUGGAAGCUUAUGUCAAUACAAUUGUUUCAUCAAAAAAUAUUCCAUCAAAUAUAUUUCCUCCAUUUAUUACAAAAGAUAACAACAACAACAACAAAGAUACUUGUUCAGCAAAAGAAGGAUGUUGUAAAUGUAGUAGUAAUAAUAAUGGAGCAAGUGAUUAUUCUGGAGAAUUAAAUAAUAAAAAGAAAAAAGAUUCAAAUGAUUUGGAUGCUGCACGUAAAGAUAGCAAUAGUUUUGAAGGUUUUUUUUUUAAUUUUUCUGAAAAAUAA